AUGCCUAUCCCCGAUAUGAGCAGCCAGUAUCCUCACCAGCAAGAAGACAUGUCGCAAGAAGAGGAGCCACGCGGCCGGAAGCCGCAGAGCAUGGUUGAUCAGGAGAAGCAAGAUUACCUCGAUUUCAUAGUACCCAGGCUUCAGAUCACGGGGAAGAUCCUCCAGCUAACUGAAGAAGUGAUCCAAGAGCAGGCGAACUAUAUUUCACGCUACAUUGACUUCUUGAAUAAGUACAUUAACUAUCAGAGAAAGGUGAGCACGCUGCGCUUCGAGCGCGCAACACUGAUCAAAUACGUCAAGAAGUUGCGAUUCUUGAACGACUUCUUAUACACAUACAACGCCGAUGUGAACAUGAUCACAGAACCAUUGCAAAAACUGGUGAGGCCGCUUGGGUCCUUCUUCAUCCGGUAUCUCGAGAUCAUUGAUUUGCUAAAUUACUACUUGACGCAGUCAUUACGCAACGAGACGAUCUCCAAGACUCUGAACCAAGACCUGGUAUUGAGCCAGGAAUGUAUCGCUAUGGCUGACAAGACAUACAGGGUCUAUGUGAAGUUUGUACAGUGGUUCAUCGAGUCCUCCUCCUCUGUGACGACGGGUGACCUGACGAUGGAGAUCGUCCAGUUCACAAGGAAAUGUGCAGUCGAAGAUGGUAUCGACUUGGGGGAGACUGACGAUGUCCUGCUCCAGGAGGUUCAACUUGUGACUAGUUCCGAAGAGUUUGAGGAUCUCUUAGAGAAGUGGCAGCAAGUACUGCAUUUUCAGUGUGCCGACCUGGAUGACACCUUUAAUGAUAAUAUUAGGCAUUGGAGCGAGCUCUUUGACAAAAAGAAAGAAAAAUGA